AUGUCCAUCAUUCAGGUCCCAGACGUCGCCUCGACAGACAAGCCAGGCGAUAAACAGGGGCCUAGAUCGCUACAGGAAACUUUCGACAUCGAAACGGCCCGUGACAUUAUCAACUCGGAACUUGAUGAGCUGAACUCGUCACUGCACAAUGAGAUCAACAAAGUGCUCCAUGCCAACCCAGAAACUGCCUACAAAGAAUUCUUUGCUCAUGACACCAUUGCGAGUUACCUUGAAAAGCAUGGCUUUACCGUCAAGAGACACACAUAUGGCCUCGAAACCAGCUUCGAGGCCGAAAUCGGCUCUGGCGGCCGCCAAGUUGUCGUAUGUGCCGAGUAUGACGCGCUCCCCGAAAUUGGACACGCGUGUGGCCACAAUCUUAUCGCAACAUCCUCAAUUGCUGCAUUCCUGGGAGCUGCUCGUGUUCUGAAAACUCUCAAAAUCCCUGGAAGACUGCGUAUACUGGGUACCCCGGCAGAAGAAGGCGGCGGCGGAAAAGCAAAGCUCAUUGACGCCGGCGCGUUUAGUCCACCUGAGGAUAUUGCGGCCGCCAUCAUGGCCCAUCCAACCGCAGCUCAUCAGGGUGGCAGUGGCGACGGAUCCUCGGGUUUGGCCGGAUUCAAGCUUAUUGCGAGCCACAAGUUCAAGGUCGAGUUCCGCGGGAGGCCAGCCCACGCAGCUGGUGAGCCUUGGAAAGGCUUGAAUGCACUGGAUGCAGCAGUAGCAGCUUACAAUAACGUUGCUCUCUUGAGGCAGCAGAUCCAAUCUGACGAGAGGAUUCAUGGUGUUAUUGAGAUUGGAGGCACCGUCCCGAACGUCAUCACGGAUUAUACCCGUAUGAACUGGAACGUCCGCAGCCCAACCAUUGACCGCGCAGACGCCCUUCUGAAAAGAGUCAAGGCAUGUCUGGAGGCAGGUGCAGCGGCGACUGGCUGCGAUAUCAACUAUAUUGUGUCGCCCACGUAUAUGAAUUUGCGCGCUAAUGACACACUUUGCAAAACUUACGUCGAGGAUAUGGCAGCUAUUGGAGAGACAAUUCAGACUCAUCAGAAUAAACCUUUCAAUGCCUCAACCGACAUGGGCAAUGUUUCUCACCUCGUGCCUAGUUUCCACGGCGCGUUUGUUAUUCCAACAUCACCAGACGUAGCAGGCCAUAAUCCCAAAUUUGCAGCGGCAGCAGCGACAGACGAGGCACACACUGCAGCCAUCAAAUGCGCCAGGGGAAUGGCUAUGCUCGCCGUCAGAGUGCUUACCAAUGGUGUCAUUGCUCAAGAGGCGAGAAAGGACUUCGCAACCCCUGAUAAGGAAUGA